AUGGCUCGUCUCAACCGUGAAGAUAGAAAUUUUACAGGUUCGUUGCCGGACUUGAAAGCUUCCGUAAAAGCCACUGAACACCAGACAAAGGUCAUAGACAAGAAAAUAUUAGUUGCCGAAACUCAUUUUCCUAAGCUCGCUGCAAUGCUUCAACGGUACGCCGUAGGGACAGCAAAAUUACGAAACAAAGGUGACGAGCUGGCGAAAACAAUAACAGCAUAUGCUGAGGAAGAAUCGCCUUCAUUGAAACAAGGGCUUAUUGGUUUAGCUGAGUGUCUGUCCGCGAUACAGGAUCAAAGAGACAAAGAAGUCAGCCGUAUUGAGGAGAAACUCGUUCAAGGGUUCAGUGUAUACGAUACUAAGUGUAAACAAGCAAGGAAUGAUGUUAGAGUAAGUUCGUCGCUUUCCUCGAGGGAAGUAAAGUCGUUCGAAAGCCUUGAAAAAGCGCAAAUGAAAUCAACGGACCGAACACGGAUCGCCCGAGCACAAGCUGAGUUCCAAAAAGCAUCUGGCGAAGCGAAUCGUUCCCUGCGGGUUUUGCGUGAGCAAAUGAACGAAUUCGAAAGCCAAAAAAUGCGGGAUGUCAGGCAGAUUUUAUCGGAUUUUGUAGUCGGUGAAAUGGAAUUAAUAGCUCGCUCUAUGGAACUGUAUACUCGGGCUUAUCAAGGAUUAAUGAACAUUAGCGAAGAGGACGAUUUGAAUGAGUUCAACAAAUCCAUGACUUUUAAACCACCCCAAUGGGGUUCACUACCCGUUCUAUCCGGACGUUAUGGUAAAGGAACAUCCAUGGACAAUGUUUUAGAGGAGGUCGAAGACGAAAGCGAUACUGAUAUGAAUCGCACAAUGUAAAAUUUUUGUUUCGAAAAUAAUGAUAAUUAUGCACAUAAAUUUCGAUUCAAAAUAUGUUAGUACAGUCAAACUCCGUUAAUACAGACCCUGAGGACCCGGAGUGGUCAAUUGAUAAAAAUCGGUAUCGAUAAAAAUCGAUAGCAAUCAUGUGAUUUUUAUCGAUUGAUGACGGAAAUCGGUGAAAAUCGAAAAAGUAAAUCGCUGUGUCAAAUCGAUAUUAUCGAAUAUUCAUGAUUUUAACGAUUUAUAACGGAAGUCCGUCAUUGUAGUUUACUGGUAUAAGUUAAGUAGUACAGCUGAGAAAAGACAUCCAACUGAUCAACAAACAUGAAAAUGAGAAAUGUGGAAACUAUACACACAAGUUUCUCUCUAAAACCCUUUAUUUUGUACAUAAUAACAAAAACGGUUUUCCUAGACAGAUUUUCACCCUAUUGGGUACUCCGGGAUGUAACUAUACCCGGAACUACAGGCGGAAGAUCUAAACUGUGAAAAACUGAGCGCCUACAAACCUCCGGGCCAAUAUCAGCCAUCAUAGGAAGAUUUUAAAUCUGGUUUUCAAGAAAAGAUAAGAUUUUUAGGAUUUUUUUUAAAAGUGAUAAUUGUUUGAUCCUUCGACUCUCAAUUGCAACUCAACUGUCAACAAAUUUACUGCUUGCAUGUAAUCAGUUUUCAUAUUUGGAUGAACAGAUGAACAGAUGUAUAUUCCGAUAUAAAUCGAUGAAAUCGGUAAAAUCAAGAUAAAUCGAUAAACGAAACGAGCGUAUCAUCGAUUUCUCACAAUCGAUAUCAAUCAAAUCAGAUUUACAGAUUUUUAUCGAUUGACUACUCCGGGAUUAAGAGGCCAUCGACAGUGUCCGUAUUAAGUGGGUCAUGUUGUUAAAGUGAACAAACACCUUUACUCACUGUUACUUAAAACAAAAUUCUAAGGAAAUAAAAAGGACUCCUUUUAAUAAGCAUCGUCACGUUAGACAUCUCUAACCUUCAAAAAGCCGUAAUUUGCGGAUUAAAUUCACGGAAACACUUAAAAACACGCUCGUCUAUACAUUACUGUGCGUUCUCUGCAUAACUCGUUUGAUGCCAAAAGUCUGAAAUUGACGUCUACAAUUCAAAUCAUCCGCGUAGUGGUGUAUGGUAGGGCUAGGAUUAUCGACAUCCUGUCAACUGAAGGUUUUUUUGACCUUCAGAAAGGAAAGGCCUAUUACAGAACAGUUUAUAAGUGUUCGCAUUAGCGAGGUUGACUUUCUAUGAGAAUCUGUUGAUUGGGACAGAAAAAGUGUCCUUUGUCCGCAUCAUAACGGGUGUCCGUAUUAAGGGGUUCUUUCCCCAGGGACAAAGCAAACUGUCCGUAGACGAGGUGUCCGUAAAGCGGGGUUCGACUUUUCACUUUGAUGUUAAAAUUAAAUUGUUUUGUUUUUUUAAAUAUGAAAUUUAUUGAUGUACAUCAGUGUGAUAUUGAUUCAGAGGUGAAACUGUAUUAGAGGCAACGUAUACUGUCUAUACCACUGUAUACUUAAUCACAAAACAUGGUGAUCAUAAAAUGACUACAUUUUAUUAAGAUGUUUAUUGUUUUUAUUAAAGAUCACUUUAAGAUUUUUAGAACAACCCAAAACACGAGGGAAGUGGGUAGAACUUACUGCUCUCCAAAGUUAGUUGCUAUAUUUCAGGCUUGUUGUUCUAAUUUUACCAGGCAGGGGCACCCAACGACCGAAUGUUUCCAAAUUCGUCAGAAGUGUCUCAGAUGGUUUUCUCUAUGCUUUAGAAGCCUGUUUGGUUAAUUUGGAGUUGCCCUAAAAACCUUUUAUCUCUUCCGAUGUCUUAGGGGAACUUUGGUUGUCACGAAAGUUUUAGGUGGCUUUUUCGUCUGAUCCGAAAGUGUCAGCUACCCUUAUGGGUCUGGUCGAAAGUUCGAGGAUAUGAAGUAGCCUUGCUUUCAUUAGGAAAUUAUAGGGGACGUUUUGUCUUUAUACCGAAAGUUUUAGAAGACCUUUUUUAAACAAUAAUCGCAAUACUUUGGUAUUAAAAUGUGAAUAACACAACCUCUGAAAAUCGUGGUUUAGCUAUCACAAAACCUCCGAAUAUUUUAGACUUAUGGAACGGUUAUCCAGAAAUUUUUAGCUUUUCUCAAACUUUAGAAAUUUCAAGGCAAUAUUUGCUCCUUUUCACAGAAAAAAAUCGCUGGGUGCCCCUGACCAGGCACCUUAUUGAUAUUAGCAUUUUAUGCUGAUGAGGUGGGUUACCCUGGCUGAAGAACAUUUAUUAUUAUUGAAACGUGUCCGUACUUGUAGUGACCAAACGACAAAGACAGCCAUAGUUGAUAUAGUUAUUACAACACAUACUUUUACAACUGAAACAUGACAAUUCAUCCAACUUUACAGCCUCCCCCAAAAUCGUUCCCCGCCCUCAAAAUAGAUUUGACAUUCACCCCCGGUUAGAGUUGGUACAUAUGAAACCAGGAUGGCCGCCAUAACGCAAAGUGCUCGAUCCCGACGCUAGUACUGAAAACAAGAGGGAAUGAGCUAUGAAAUAUUCCUGGAAGAAGAGAAAAAAUAUCUUGAACAUUUGCAUGAACAACUGAAGCCAGCCGCUUAUUUAGGUUUCUCAUUUCGCCCGUGAUAACUUUUCUCUUUGCUUUCACGGUGUGUCAGUAUUCAAUAUUCGUUACUUUAAAUGAGGCUACCAGCCGUAAGAAAAUCUCAAUUUUUAAUCUCAAAGUGAAAGUUUGACUCUAAUACUGCAAUCUCUUUGUAAAUGAAAUUCUUUCCAAAAUUAUGAGCGGAACGCGCCGAUAAAAAACAUGUCAUUAAACCUUCAGCGCGCCUUCAACAGCUGUCAAACUUCGAAUGUUUAACUGUGGAAAAAUAGGGAACUGUGAACAGCCUAUGCAACUACAUGCAUUUUCAUUUUUCAUAAAAUGACUAAAAAUAAUUAAUAUGUUUAUUGUUAUUGAAACGAUUUCGUAGGUAAUUGUAGGUGACCAACGACAAAAACAGCACAUAGUUAUUAAACACCUGCCACUUUAUUGCUGCUUUAAUUUCGCAGGUCUUUAAUCUCGCGGUUUUCGCGAUUGUUAAAAAGUCGCGAAAUUAAACGCGCGCAAAAGUUAAUACCCAUAUAAAAAAAUUCGACAAACAAUUGACAUGUAAUAGCAACGAUAUGUACCGACAAACACAAAUUGCUUUCUGGUUUUGCUGGUAAGCUCCAUUGUUUAUCUUCCGUUGUGAAAUGACGGUAGUUUGAGAAGAUUUUCACACAUUGCUUGUUCCAGUUUAUCUAUUUCUUUUUAAAGGUUCAGACUUUUUAAAAAAGGAAAAUGAAGAGGUGAACGCUUAAAUCGCGAAAUUUAAUGCCCUUUUGUCAUGUUUACCUGUUAAAUUCGCGAAAACAAGACCCCAAAACAGCACAUAAUUAUUUUUUAUUCUUCUAUACAAAGAAACCUAUCAUAUGAAAUGAUUGUCCCUAUCACUAAACAGAGGCUUAAAAAGCCAGCGAAGAAAAAUAAACUGCUUGUUCAUGAUUAAAAACUCUAUAAUGAUGUAGAUUGAUGUCUCUAUUCAAAUUGUAUUUUGUUGUCUAUAUUUUAGGCACAUCGUGCAACUACUGACGGCCUCGUGUUUAUCAAAUAUUCCAAAUUUGUUAGCGGACAGUUGCAUAAAAAACAUUUCCUCGAGAUAAUUAUUGUGUUUUAAAUUGAGGUAAUUUACUUCAAUUAAAGCUAAAGAAGCGAUUGGUGAUAUUUUAUGAAGUAACUGGUGAUUUUGCGCCAUAGACCAUAAAUACAUGUCUAAAUUUUCCUGUUUCACUUUUACGAUUGAAACUUUUAACCGACAAUGGAAGAAACAUGAACCAUAAGGAAGCAAAGAAAUUGCUAACAGUUCAAGACUAAAUUCAGGCCCGUAGGAACGAAUUUGAAAGUGAGAGGGCACGAAAAAAAAUUAGCCCUAACAACAUAUUUUUUAAAAUCGAAAGCGGAAUUGCCUUGUGUUAUUAACUCAGUAUUUUCGACGGUAAAGUGGUAGUCUUUGUUUUUUUUUCAAUUUUCGCCCAAAAGGUGGGGGAAGGGGGGGGGGGGUGAACGGGCCUACUUGACCCCCCUACUCCUACGGGCCUGAGAUUCAUGUAAAAAAGUGACAAGACAAGAGGUAAAAGAAUGCCUUUCCAGCCCUCACAUUUCAACAAGACAAUGUCAAACAACACAGAUUCCGAUCGUGACCCACCAAGUACAGACGAAGGAAAUGUUAAACUUGGCUUUUACAUUGCUUUUCUUAUCUUAGGUUUUGGAGGUAACAGUUUGGUUAUAACAGUGAUGUCAAGGAAGAAACAGAAACGUUCGAUUCCCAGACUUUUUAUUCUGAAUCUUGCUAUUUCCGAUUUAAGCUUCAUUAUGAUAGCUACACCAAUAAACAUCUACUCUUACAUCAGUACAAUUUACCAAAACUCGUAUUAUUGUCGACUUUUAACACCUCUGCUGACAAUCUUCUAUUUCGUGAGCAUCUUUACCAUUUUUUCCAUGGCGGUGCAUUGCUGUAGGUUGAUUACUAACCCCUAUAGACCUAAGAUGAGGAUGCAAAAUGUAUAUAUUUGGAUCGCUGCCAUCUGGUUUUCUUCCUUGAUAAUAGUCCUUCCCUUAUCAGUCGUCUCUGAAGCUAACAACGGGAUCUGCUACGAGAACUGGCCGUCCAUAAAUUACCGAAAAGAGUACACCAUUGCUCUCUUCAUUCUACAAUUUGUGAUACCUUUGUUUAUCAUUGGUGUUGCGUACGGUAGGAUUGGUAUAGAUCUCAGGCGAUCGACCGUUCCUCAAAGCUCCUUACCCGCACUUAAGAGAAAAAAGAAAACAUCCAAGUUAUCAAAACACUAGCCAUGAUUGUGAUCGUGUUCGUGAUUUGUUUGCUGCCUGGACAAAUCGCCUGGCUUUCGCUUGAUUUUGGAGGUCAAAAGGAAUCAGAGAUCACACAAACGGUCUUUAAAUUGGCAGAUAUCCUUGACAUUCUGCAUUCAUAAAUCCCAUUGUUUACGGACUAUCAAAUAAACGUUUCCGAAGAGAGUGCAUACAACACUUUUUUGACUACUUUCCAUGUGGCUCGAAGUAGGUAAGCCCGAAACGUUGUAAGGGACGCGUCAAUUCAUUUAUGACACUGUGAAAUGUGCGCUUUUUUGUUUCAUACCUCAGUUGCAAGGUGUAGCCCACAACUUUACCGUAGGUGUUCAUCAAUUUGCCCUUCAAUACAAAAAAAAUUCCCGUCCUCUAGUAAAUUUUUUAAAGACCGCUAAGAGAGUAAAAUCUCUACUGAGUAACUUGUGUACUUCUUAACAAGAAAAAAAUGAGGCUAUGUUCAUUUCUUGAUGAAAUUAAGACACAAGCCAAGUUAUAGAACAAGGAUCAUGUCUACAGGGCAAACUGCGGUACAAGACCAUCUAAAGAUUAGCUAGAAUGAGUUGUAGAAUUGUAGAAUUGAACUUUAUACUGUACAAUGUAAAACGCAUACGGACAAGCUUGAAGUUUCCUCUUUCUCAAUGUAGGAUAAAAUAAGACUUGUAAGAAACAUUUUUUUAAAAUAUGAUAGCCAUGCUGUACAUUCAGGAUGAUACAACCUACCAAGACUAUGUAUUAAUGCAUUAUUACUGUAUUAUUGUAUUGUGACUUGAAAAUUGACGGCUUCAUGAUUUCUUCCAAUUUUGCGGUGCAUGAAAGCGAGGCUAGUCAUCAGGUCUCAAGAGUUUUGUUUCGAUUCCGCGUCUUAGCGAUUGACUCAAUCGAUACGGUUUGCUUCGAGUUGUUGUGUGCUUGAGAGCCAUUAAAAAAGGAGAUUUUACUCCAGCAUUUUCAGUAAUUUUUAGGGAGUUAUUAUAACUCCAAAAAUGGAGUAAAAAUUUUAGGUGCAGGAGAACCCCUUUUUUGGGGUUAUUUUAACUCCUCAAUAUUAACUCCUAAUUUGGGGUGAUUUUUACUCCUGAAAAAAAGUUCUUUAAACUCCUUUUUGGAGUUAAAAUAACCCCCCCAAAAAUAACUGACAUAUGAUCAGUAAUCAGGAUAUGGCUUCAGAUUUAGCUGGGGGGGCGUGUUUGAGGACUAGUCAAAAGUGUUCGAACGACAUAAAGGCUUCGGCUUCGGAAAAUGUCGCGUACAUGUGCCAAGUCUUACGCUCCUGUGGUAAAUUGAAGAUCAAUCAGUCAUGGCAUACGCGUGUGUCAUAGAAUGCGUCAUUCUUGGAUACUUCUUAUUAAAAUGAACACUCAAUACUUAGGUCAGGUUCAACUAUCAAAACCAUAAACUGAAAAGGCAUGUAAGUUUCAAAAAUUUAGACUUGGCCUAACAAUACGCUAUUUGAUGCUCAAACGCUUCAGACAGGUUGGAUUAAUGCUGUUCAAUGUUAGCCAGCAUAGUUGAUUGCGAUUGCAUUGGUAUAUAAUAUGUAAAGCUAGUCACCCAAACAAUCACGGAAACUCCACAGCGAUAAUUCUGAACGCAGCUAUAUCACUGAAGUUUCAAAUGACCACCAUCAGCUCAGUUUAUUACGAAUAUCUCAUCAAAAACAUAAUCCCGUGUGUAACUGACAGCAGUUACGAUUAAAAAGCAAAUGAAGAAUGCUCCUGUAUAUUGUUAGUUCGCUUCACGGUAUAAAUAAAUUCCACUUAUCACUUAUUAAUGACUGAAACCGCAUUUAAAGGAAAAAAAACCUCCGGACAAUGAAAAAAAAGCACAUAACAGUAUCAUUAGGAGUAUAAAGUAAAUUAUUCAUGUUUUUUAACCGACAAAAAAUGGAAACCGCCUAUCAUUUACCGUCCAAAAACAAAACAAUAAUUAACUGAGGGAUUCGGUCAUCAUCAUAAACAACAACGAAUUUCUCUCGAACGUUAGAGAUCAUGAUGUAACGAUCGUUUUGAUUUGUAAGGACCCAUUUAGAAUCAAAAGCUUGGGGGAAAUGGAGCCUGAGGAACUCGUGUUUAAUUUUGACAGCACUGCGAAAAUGGACGCAAGUGACGAAGAGAUUGUAAAGAUGGCACUAAAGCAAGUUGAAAGAACUAUGAAAGAUCUCAGUGAAAGAUCAUCACAAGGAUACGCGAUUGGAUAUGAACUAGGAUACAUAAAGGGUGUACUGGAACAUGUGCUUAAAACAAUAGCAGACUCACAGAACAAGGAGGCUUAUAUGAAAGGAUAUGUGAAUGGUUAUAUCCAAGGAAUGCUGUACUCAUUCAAACAAGGGGACUUAGAGAGAGAAAAAUUCAACUUUCAUUAA